AUGAUAGAUUUGAUGGAAGAAAACAGGUCUGGUCGCUUACACUUUGCGCAAACAGUAGCGAUACCAAGUGCUGAAUAUUUUCUAGGACUGAUCUGUUCUCCUCCAUACGGACGACAGGCUGUUCCCAAGUUAAACCCAUUCCUUCACAUAUUUCAUAAGAUGAAGAUUAAUUAUCUCGCCCAUGGAAGUGCUCAUAGCAUGCAAUUCAACUAUGAACGAUUAGUACCAGUGAUCUUAAUGAUUUGUCUCGAAUAUCUGAUCCAACUCGGAACCUCAACGACUCUAAACAAGGAAAGAGAUGACCUUACUAGUGCUAGUUCAUACUUGUUUGUUUCUCAGAACCAAAUUCAUUCGAAAACUCGCUUCCUAUCUGAGACUCGUGGUGCAAUUCAUUCAUUCAUGCGUCUCACCGUCUUUCUUGCCUUCCUCGUGGUCACGCUUGUCGUAAACUGCAGCAGCUUUGUCAGCGCCGAACGUAACGCUAAUGAUGACAAUUUCGCUGAGCUCAACAAAGUCAACGCUCUCCGUGAAGAAAGAGGUCCAGAGACUGCUGCUGCUGAGGCAGCUGCUGAGGCAGCUGCUGUCUUACGCAACGGAGAGGUUACCUUCAAAGCAGAAAAUUUGGCUGUUACACAGGCUGUCACUAGGAUUAAUGAAGUAGGUGAGGAAGAGAAGAAAGCUAAGAAUACUAUAAUGAACGCUAUCAAUGCUGAAUCACAGAGUAACAGCAAGUUCUCCCAACAGAAAGGAACACCAAUCGCUGAGAAUGCGGCUACUGUCGACAAGGAUGUUGCAACAGCGGGUGAUAGGUCGAAAGCGGGUCCGAUCGUAAAGGGGCAUGAAGAUACCAAUCCCCAGACAUCUCAUUCCAUCGCUUCCACGCAAAACGAACCAAAAGCCGAGAUACCACACGCCACGCAUGAUGAAACAAAUGCCAACACACCACACGCCACGCAUAAAGAACCAAAUGCCGAGACACCACAAGCGGUCACUUCCGCGCAUAACGAACCUGGUGAUACACAUCUGGGCAAGAAUCCAAAGGAAACUACGACCGCUAAAGAUCUGCUGGAUAUACCCAUUGAGGACCAGAAAUUAUUGAACAAAUUUAUGAUUGAUCUGAACUUGAUUAAGAAAGCGGACCGCGGUGAACUUGACAAGUUACUUGUCAAAACUCUUAAAAGCGCCUCGUCGUUUGUCACCAAAAACAUGAUGAUAGCAAUCGCUGCUGGUGUUCUUGGAAUUGCCACCGUGUACACCCUUUUUCAACAUGUCAAGUAG